AUGAGUUUCACAAAAUCAGAACCUGGCUUUCGCUCGCCUCAUUACAAUCCCUCCCCAGAACGUGGACAACCGCAGCCCCAUCCACAACAGCAGUCCUACACCAGCUCCUACGUCAACCAAGACUGGUGUGACGCGGGAGCUCCGAGUUAUGGACCUCGACCACCUGCGUACGAAGAAGCGACGUACCCAGAUGCCGACGUCGACCGCAAGGACACACCGUCCCAACCUCCAUAUGGCCACGCGAGCCACAGCGAGCCACUUCCGCGGGCACAACACCCUGUCCUUCCCCUUGUUGCGCAUGGUCCCCGGUCUGCGGUUCACGCGAGGCUAGACAAACCGAUCGCCAUCCCCGCAACCGUCGCACAAUACGGCGCGCCCUUCCUGCGGUGCUACCCGCCCUGUCUGGCCUCGUCCGGCAUUUCGGCCGAAACGUUCCUCUCCUUCCUCGACACGCUCAACCGCGUAGCCGUCAAGUCACCGCCCCUGCAGGUGCUGGGGCUGGCAGGGAACAUCGUCGGCUUCGUGCCCAGCGCGGCGGCCCAGAUCGCGGGCGGCGUGAUCAACCUCACGGCCGGGGUGGCCGCGGGGGUGAUCCAGCAUGGACGCACGGAGUUGGAGCUGCGGCGGGCAAACGUCGACCUUUUCGGACCCAGGGGUCUGCGAGUCGAGAUCGCAAAGACGGAAGCGUUGAUGAAAUUGCUGGGCGUGCCGGGCGUGUUGGGCCCGGAUGGCAAGUUGGACAAGAAGGCGAAGUUGUUGGCGCGCUUGGAAUUGGGCGGGAGCGACCACGAUGAGCCCCUCGACAUCAGUGCGCAGCAGAGAAGGCUAGAUGCGUUGAAGCCCUGGAUUGCGGAGUUGGAUGUGGCGCCCUUGCUGGGGAUAGAGGCGCCUAAUAACCCGCUGAGUCGGUUGAGCGUGAAAGUCAGCGAGCGCAACCGGGCGAAGGGGGAGAAGAAGCUGCUCGAGAAGCGCGGCAAGGCGCAUCAGGGGUAUCGCAGGGAGGCUCGGAAAGCGGAGCAGGAGUUCGAGCGGGAGGUAGGGAAGAUUGAGAAGGAAACGGGGAAGGAAUUGCGGGAGAUUGAUGCCAAGUUGGAGAGUGCUGGUAGGAAGCAGAAGACUAGAGACGUGGCCAAGCUAGAGCGGGAGAAGGACAAGGUCUUGGCCGAGUACGAGAGGGAUAGGACAAAGGUCGAGAAAAGGUACCAGAAGGAGAUGAAGGAGAUUGCAGAUGAUAGGCUGAGUGAUGACGAGGAGGAAAGGAGUCUCCGGAAGCUGUACUGGCUGGUCGUACAGGAGCAGGACGCUCCUGAGCGUCUGAAGUUUCCGGAUACGUAUGUAGAUUGA